GCCUAGUCUAACUUCACCUCAUCUCACUUACUGGCGGAGCCCAACAAUCUCCCUUUUUAGACGUGUAUUCGCCAGCUCUCUCUCUCUCUCCGCGUCGAUCCGGUCUACUGCUGCCAAGGUUAACGUUGUUACUACGAAUUGCAUCAGUCUGUCCAGACCGGAGUGAAAGUACGCACUGACACCAUCCGAGCAAUGACAGCGCACGGCUUGCGUCGCACGGUCACGCACGGCCUCGCGCCCGAGAAGACUCACAUGAUGUCAAGUCCGGCACAAUGGUUGUCACAGGGUCACACAGCUGAAACACUCCCGUACUCCUUGACAACUCGCCGUCACUCGCAUCUCGUAACAGACCGCAAUUGUCCAUUCCGCCCGCGAGCUCACCAAUGGUGCCAGAUCCAUCGCUGCGUAGUUCGUGCGAGCUUUGCAGGCAACGCAAGAUCAAAUGUGUGCUGCCGCCAGAUGCUACGACUUGUACCUUCUGCGUCAAGAAGAGCGUCGAAUGUGUCUUCCUCGGUCGCGCUCGUAUGGGCAGACCUCGUGCCCAGAACGCCAGCGCUUCGACAUCAGGAACAAACACCCAUCAGCGAAUUUCUGCAACGCGGCAGCCCACCCGUAUCGGUUCGAUUCAUGUUGCGCCACAGAGGCCGACCCAAAGGUCCUUUAGCUCACCGCGUGCGUACGAUGGGUCUUUCUUUGACGUCGCUAGCCAAUCGCGUCACUGGCUCGGCCUCGAGAAUGAUGCGUGGCAAAGUUUUGCGCCUGCUUCGUUUCAGCAGCUGCAUCACGACUACAGUGCUUUGGCGCAGCCUCAUCAGAGUGCAUUGCUAUCACAUGACUACCAUCCGGUCGCUCAUCAGCUGCAGCCUAUCGCGCAACAGCUGCAGCCAAGUCCUCGCGCGCCGGCCGCGCUGCCGGUCUUACCCAAGCGACCGUCCUCGGCGGUCUUCCCUUGCCUUGCAGAAUUGAUCCAGCCUCAAGAUCUCAAGUAUAGCUAUGACAAGGCUUCAUCGGCCCAAGGGCGUCUCUCAAGCCUUGCUGUAUACGAUCGUUUGCCACUCACACCAUCGAGCUACGAGCGUGGCUCGAUAACCCAUGAUCGAGGUCCCUCAGCGGGGCAGAACGGCAUCUUCGGUACUGGCAUGGAUCGUGCUAUGCUCGACACUUCGCUCAAUCAGCGUAUUCUGCCUCUGCCUUCUAGAAGCACGCCCAACCAUGGCUUCCAUCGAUACUCGGCCGGUCUUGGCCUUACUGGCGGCGCGACCAGCUGCAGCAAUCAUAACAGCUUGAGCGCUUUUGGUCUCGAACGCCCUUCGUCCGGCUUCGAUCGCCCGGCAAGCAACUUCGAAAAGCCCAUAGGAUCCGGGCUAGCCGCUCUCAUGCCGACGGACCUUCCGCCAAUCCUCAAGAUCAACAACGAGAUCAUGCACGACGCUUCGCCUGCACCAGCUAGACUCUGUUUAUCGACCAACGACGCAUCAACAGCUUUCGCCGAAAAGCGACCGUCAGAUCGAUCAGCUGCGCCCUCACCCACGCGUAAGAUUCCGCGCCUCAAUGAAGCUCUCGAAACGCUUUCGGAUGCGGAGCGGAAUGCUCUGGCGGAUGCGAAGCUGCAUAUCAGCGCGCCUUCUGCUGAGGUUGUCGCGACUUUUGCCGGUUUGCUUCAAUGUGUGACCACAUGCGAUCUAGACAAGGCCCAUCUCAAGCUCAUAAAGGAUCGCUACAGUGCAGCGCUCGCGUUUGUACCUUUCGAGACGCGCCUGCAAUUUGACGAACAGGAGACGCAACGAUAUAGUCGCAAAUCGACGACGAGCGUUCUCUGGCAAUGUCUCGCCGUCGAUACUCUCUCGCUGCAGAUUGCUGGGCGAACAAGUUCGUCAGCCGGGUUUGGUAUGCUGCUGGAACGCCAAGGCUGGCUUGCCCGACUUCUCGCAUAUGAUCUAAGCCCUUCCGUCUCCAUCAUUUCUGCGCGUCUCCAAUAUGCUGGCUCAAAGCAACCACUUGAAGACGUCCCGCAGCAGACAAUCGUCGAGCUCGUUAAGAUCUGGCUUGCCACGAACGCAAUGUGCAUCGUCGUCAACGAACAAGAGCUUCUAGCACAAGUCUCUGACGGGACUGUCGACGCUGCGCUUAUCAACGUUAUUGUGGCCCAUUCACUGUCUAAUCUCGGUCAGGACUCGAAAUGGCACGAUUCUCUGCCUCCGAUCUCAGAGCUUAUCCACUACUUCGAACGGACUUGUUUCGAACGUCUGGUCAAGACAAAAACCUUCGACCUGUCGACCGUACAAGCGCUUAUGAUCGGUGGCACACUCGCUCUGCUUACACAUAAGAUACGCAUAGCAUGGCUUGGCUUUAAUCUCGCUCGUCAUUACGCCCGGCGCUGUCUUGCGGAUGUCACAGACGUGCCUGUCUACGUGUCAGGCCCUCCCACGAUCAAUCAAGUACAUCGAGAGCUACUACAAACCUGUAUAUGGCUCACAAAUGCGUACAGCAUGCAUUGCUCGGUUUCACUCGCAACGCCCCACUUGCCACUUGACCGUUUCGAUGUCGACUUGCAACUCCCCCCUUACCCUGCAGAUUCGCUCUCACUCGCGUACAGUCGGCAGAUUGCAGUCAAAGAUCCAGGAAAAGCCUGUCUCGCACCGGAGGCUAAAGAGGCCAAUCUCGUCGGCUUUGCAGAGCUCUGCCGAGUAGUAUAUAUUCUCACACGGGCUCAUCAAGGCGACGUAGCAUGCUCUACAUCUCUGGAUUCGCGCAACUUGACGCCCAUCGAAAGACACAUCGAGCUCGCGGGAUGUCUGAUCAACAAGGGUCUCGUUCUGCUGGGAUGCACAGAUGGCAAGCAAAGCUCUCUUGAUAGCGGUCGUGAUCGCGCAUUCGGCUUCGACAAAGGCGUGCCCAACAUCUGCGGCUUCCUCAGCUCGACAUGUGCUGUCCUCGGCUUUCAACGAGCAUCUACGCAUUUUGCUGCCUCCACCAAUGAGGAGCUCGCGAGCAGUCCAGUUGUCGCUUAUGCUUUGCGCGUUUCAAUGACCGCCAUCGCGAUCGUCAAUGCGGCAUCUCUGGAGCCUUUGCAAGCCUUGGCGGAGACUGAGCUAUUGACCGCUGAGAACGGGCAGCUAGGCAUUCUCAGAAUCGUAUCUGACGUCCUUCCGAAGUUCUUGUCGCAUAUGGACUCUGUCGUCUCUGCAAUCUUCAUCAUGCCUCAGGAAGUCUAUCGCCACAUCUUUGCUCAACACGACCGAGUCCGUCAGCUGCUCAAUGGACUGCAUACCUUUGUCUCCGUAGCGCUAAGUCCCAAGGCAGUCGAGCAGAUCGCAGAGCUUCGCAGGAUUGGACAGCAUGUUAUGGAACUCUGGAGCGCGUCCUUCCCGGUACGCCCAUCGAAGGGCGACGCUGCAGAAUGCAGCACGCCACCUUCGCCAGUCUCUCGGGCCCUACCGAUGACAUUGCCUUCCUCAGCCGCACCUUAUCCCUGGGAGCCUAUGCCUCAGUUCACGAGUGUCGUCACAGCUCACGGACCAGCUGGCGAUGAGAGCAGCAAUCACCUCAGCGUACCGCGUGAUGAAGCCCAGGAAGAUGACGAUGCUUCACUGUACUCCGGCGGCAGUGCUGCCGGACAGCCAGUCAGAUUCCAUCCGUUUUUGGAUCUUGUACAUCAAGCCCAUUGUGAACUGGACAUGCCGUCGAUAUCCCGCAAAGCGUCUUCUGCGGUGUCUUGCCAGGCCCUGGCCAAGCAAGCUUGCCCGACAGAGGUACGAUGGGACGCUCAGUCGCUCGCGCCAAUAGUUGUACCUAAGCUGGUAUGAUAGCUGCCUUGCAAGGAUAAGUAACGACGCUCCCUUUGAGCUGUGCUCGCAUUGGAUCACAAUAUGAUGCUGCAUUGUACAACGGCUAUGCACAUAACAUCUGCGGCCAGUGUAGUCGUCAGCUCUCGCUCGUUGAUAGGCCAGGAUGAGACUUAUAUUACAAAAAAAGGAUGGAGAGAGACAAGUGCCUGGUAUCGCACACUUGUCUCUCUCGCGUGUAUAAGGCUGAGGGACGAACGCCUAGUAUCGCACACUCGUCCCUCUAGCGCGUUGUCGAUCUUCUUGUCGUCCGUGUUGAGGCUGCCAAGUGUCGCUGUCGAGCCACGAGCUGGAUCCGACGAGCGAG